AUGUCCGGACGUCCGGUCCUUACUUUCUCGGACACACCCCAUCGCACCCGGACAGCCGGACUGUCCGGCGGUCCUAUUUCGCAGGCAAUGGGUGUUCCCGCAACUGCCCACCGCCACAGUUCCUGCAGAUCCGCUUUACAUCACCGUGAUGCGUUGGCCGCAAUUGCUGCCGCAUUGUGCUCUUAUUUGAGUCAUCGUUGCAUGACCAUGGGCCGCCGCAUUCUGUGUUCUGAUUGGUCGAUGCCUCUUACCGCACUGAAAAAAAAACUAGUGCGGUGUGUGACGCGCAAAGUUUUUCUCUUCUCUGUGCAACUCGAUGACGCCGUGAAAAAAAAUAUCAUCGCUCUCAAGGGCCAGGUUUGGCCUGGUGUUGCCUGGAUUUCCUUGACAUCAAUGGGAUCUAGAAGGAAGAGGAUGAAGUUGUAUAAAUAUCAGUUAAACGUUCUUUUGGGCGGAUUUCUUGUCUAG